AUGCUUAUCAAGGAGACACCCUUGAUUGAGAAGGGCGUGUACAGCUUUGCGAACUCGAAUUGGAACGCGCAGGUGCAGAGUCGAAAUGCAGAUGGGUACCAUCCCACAUCGGCGAUAGUGUGGAAGCGGUUAGUGAUGCUCGGCAUGGCUGUAGCGACGAUGUUGGAGUCUAGGCCUCCGGGGAUAAGGACCAUGCAUAGUGCGAGGAUGGUGAACCAAAAUUUGGUGCCUGUUGGGUAG